GGAGGGGGAGAAGGAGCCGUUGCCCGGACAUGGCCGCCGACAGGCCCGACGCCGAGGUGGAGGAGGCCGGCCAUGUCUACCUGCUGAUGAGAAAGGACUACCGCAUCUCCCGCAACGUGCGCCUGGCCUGGUUCCUCAGCCACCUGCAUCAGACCGUGCGGGCCUUACCCCAGGAGGAGCUGCUGCAGUCAGAGCGGGAGCUGGUGGUGCUGAGCGUCCUGCCUCCCGGGUGGCAGCCAGACGAGCCUGUGUUGCCCCGGCCGUUUCUCCUGGUGCCUUCCACCCGGGUCACCUUCCUGGCCUGGCAGUACCGCUUCGUCAUUGAACUGGACCUCAGCCCAUCCACUGGCAUCGUGGACGACUCCACGGGGGAGAUCCUGUUUGACCAAGUGUUCCACGCCCUGUCGCGCUGCCUGGGAGGGCUGCUCCAGCCACUGCGUGUCCCUGGCUCAGAUGUGGUCUUCCAGCCCGAGAUCUAUGUCACCAUCCAGGCCUACUCCUCCAUCAUCGGCUUGCAGUCCCACCAGGUACUGGUGCAGGGCUGCCUGCUGGAGCCGGCGCGGCGGGAGGCCUUCCUGCAGCGAGUGUACGCGCAGCUGUGUGUCUUUGAGGACAAGGUGGCCGCCAUGCUGCAACAGCAGUAUGAGCCCCAGGCCCAGGUGGAUAUGUCCCCUCCGAGCCAGGACCGGCUUUUGGAUGCUGGGGAUCCCCCGGGCAGGAAGGUGGGGGUCUCCAUGGUGACGGCUGACGUCGGUCUGGUCAGUAUGAUCCGGCAGGGCGUCUUGGCCCUACAGUUGCUGCCCUGCAACUCCAGUGCAGGUAUCAUCGUGAUCACAGACGGCGUGACCAGUGUCCCUGACGUGGCCGUGUGUGAGACCCUGCUCAACCAGCUGCGGGGAGGCACCGUGGCUUGCUCCUUUGUGCAGGUGGGAGGGGUCUACUCCUAUGACUGCAGUUUCGGCCACGUGCCCAACGUGGAAUUGAUGAAGUUCAUCGCCACGGCCACGUUUGGCUCCUACCUGUCCACCUGCCCCGAGCCGGAGCCCGGCGGGCCAGGGCUGACGGUCUACCACCGGGCCUUCCUCCUCUACUCCUUCCAGCGCAGUGGGGAGGCCCUGAACCCCGACUACUACUGUGGGUCCCAGCACCGCCUGUUCAACGAACACCUGGUGUCAGCCAGCAGCAAUCCCGCUCUGGCGCUGCGACGUAAGAAGCACACGGAGAAGGAGGUGGCCGCCGACCUGGUCAGCACGGUGUCCGUGCGGCUGCGGGAGGGCUACGGCGUCCGCGAGGUCGGGCUGGCCAAAGGCGGGUCCCAGCUGGAGGUGAAGCUGGUGCUGCUGUGGAAGCACAACAUGCGGAUCGAGUACGCGGCCCUGGCGCCCUGGCCCCUGGAGCCGGCCGGGCCCGGGGCCACCCGGGGGACACGGGUGGAGGUGACGAUGGAGGGCGGCUACGAUAUCCUGCACGAUGUCUCCUGCGCCCUGCGGCAGCCCAUCCGCUCCCUGUACCGCACCCACGUCAUCCGCCGCUUCUGGAACACGCUGCAGAGCAUUAACCAGACGGACCAGAUGCUGGCCCACCUCCAGGCGUUCUCCUCCGUCCCCGAGCACUUCACGCUUCCUGACAGCACCAAGAGCGGCGUGCCCCUCUUCUACAUCCCGCCGGGCUCCAGCACCCCGGUCCUGUCCCUGCAGCACAGUGGCUCAGACUCCAGUCAUGCCCAGUUUGCUGCCUACUGGAAGCCUAUCCUGUCCAUGGAUGCCAACUCCUGGCAGCGCUGGCUUCACAUGCACCGGCUGGUUCUCAUCCUGGAGCACGACACCCCGAUCCCCAAGCACCUGCACACGGCGGGCAGCAACGGGCGUUACAGCACCAUCCAGUGUCGCAUCUCACACUCGGCCCUCACCUCUCUGCUCCGGGACUGGAGCAGCUUCGUGUUGGUGGAGGGCUACUCCUACGUCAAGCUGCUGCCCAGCAGCAGUAGCAGCAGCGGCAGGAGUGGCGGCGACCCGGACCCGCCGCCCUCCUCUUUCUACCUGGUCCGCAUCAUCUCCAAAGCCCCCUGCAUGGUGCUGCGACUGGGCUUUCCCAUCGGGACCCCGGCCCGAGCCCGCAAUGAGAUUGUGGCCGGGCUGCGAGAGGAGAUCCUGCGCCUGCGCUUCCCCCACCGGGUGCAGAGCAAGGAGGUCACACCCAAGGUGAAGCGCAAGGGGCUGGGGGGGCCGGGAGGAGGCAGCUCCCCCUCCAAGUCGCCCCCGCUCCUGGGGCCCCAGCCCACCCUGUCGGACCGGCCCUGCCUCGUCGUGCUGCAUAAGCCCCUGGACAAGUUGCUCAUCAGGUACGAGAAGCUCCCCCUGGACUACCGGGCCCCCUUCAUCUUGACGCUGGAAGCCCCGGGGCCGCCGCCACCCCUGGUGUCGGGCCGUUCGGCCUCAUCCAGCCUGGCAUCCCUCUCCCGCUACCUCUACCACCAGCGCUGGAUCUGGACCGUGCCGACCACCCUGGUCCCUGCCCUGCCCCUCAGCUCCGUGGCCCAGCUCCUCUCCACCCUCGCAGAGAUCCGUCUCUCGGAGGGUUUCCAUUUUGCUUCCAGUGGGGAAGGCAUAAUUAACAUGGUGCUGGAGCUGCCCAUCCAGAGCGAAUCCCUGGAAGGGGCCAGCAGGGAGAAGCACACGUGCCUGGUGCAGUACAUCCUCUUCCCUCCACAUUCCACUUCCACCAAGGACAGCUUCUCCACAGAUGAUGACAACGAUCCGGAGGUGGAGGCUCUGGAGGGCGACGCGGAGCUGAGCCUGGUGACCGAGUGCUGGGUGGAACCGCAGUGCGGUCACGUGGCCUCCGGGCCUGAGAGCUGGAGGCAUCUGCAGGGCCUGCUCUACCCCGAGAUUCCCUGGGCGCUCUUCCCCCGGGACGGCGCCUGCAUCAGCUCCAUGCUGAGCUUCGAAUAUCUGAGUCAGCUGUGCCAGAACAAGGACUGGAGCCCACCGGGCCCAGAGCCCCGGGGACCUGAUGUUUCAGGGUCAGACCGAGUUGGGGGCCCUUGUGUGCAAGAGAUCCCAUUCCGUUUUGACCUGAUGCAGCUGUUGCUCCGGUGCCAGCAGAUCCAGAUGUUCUUCCUCCUGCUCUCCAGAGAGCCAGAGGGCCAUUCCCCGGAGGGGCUGCCGUCUCCCCCCAACGAGAUGCUGCUCGGUCUGCUGCACAGCUGCCUGGGGCAGGAGCUCAGUGACCGGGAGGUGCCGCUUACCAGCCUUGACCACGCCGCCUUCCUCCACCAGGUGCUGCAGCGCCCACACCAGGGCCCAGAUUCUCAGGACCAAGACCAGGCAGACGGCAACAGGGCACCCGGCAGCAGAGAUAACCUCCAGACCCCGCCGGUCUUGGGAGCCCCGGAGCCCUCCGAAGACCCCCCUCCCCAGUGGCGGUGCUAUGCCCGUCUGGUGAGUCCCCAGCACCUGAUCCUCACAUUCCUCCCAGCCACCCUUUCAGACGUGCAGUGCCUGGUGCUCUCUGGUACGGAGCAGCUGCUUCAGAGCGAAGCUGAGCUCGGGCAGGCCCAGCUGGAGAGGCCUGGCGGGGCAGCCCCAAACGAGGAGGAGCUGGAGACCCCGGAUGGGGCAGAGGCGGUCCAGAGCCCCCUCCCCACCCUGAGCGUCACCCCCGCCUACGACGGGGCCCAGGAGCCAGCGCGCAGGGCCCCCCAGGCCUGGUUUGGCAGGCAGUGGUCCCAGGUGGAGGGGAUCGAGGGCUCCCGUCCCCGCUGCCCUGCCUACGUCUACAGCUGCUCCCUGGACGCCCUGAGGGAGCAGGCGGUCAGUGCCCAGCCCCCCCGGCUGCCGCGAGACCUCGUUUUCCCGUGCCAGUUCCCCGAGUGCCCGUCUCCCGAUGCCGUGUGGCUAGACCCCAAGCACAAGGAUGUGGCUCACCACUGUGCCUUGCUGCAGGAGCACUCCCAGCGUUGCUACGUCCGUGGGCUGUUCCGGACCCUGCAGCAGGGCCUGGACGUCAGCUCCUCGGACCUGCUGAUGGCCGUGGAUGCCUGCGAGGAGCUGCUGCAGGAGAUGGACAUUACGCCCUUCCUGCUGGCCCUCCGCUUCGAGGGGGGCGCCCCCCCGGACCCUGAGGGCGGGAAAUGGCCGGGGCCUCCCGGCGAAGUCGUCCGAGACUCCGAAUCCAGUGUGGAGGCAGCGCCUGGCAGAGAACCCAAAUCCCCAAGGUUCCCCCGGCCCUCCGGUCCCGAGGUUCCGCCGUCGGAUGCUGGCCGGCCCUCUCAGCGGGGCCACGUGGACCUGCACCGGGUCAUCCAGGAGAAGUUCCUGGAAAUCAGCCACCUGCACUUCCGAACGGUGCCGUCCAAUCCGCACUACUUCUUCUACUGCCCUCCGUCCAUCAAGCGGGAGGACGAGGGCUCCCAAGAGCCGUCGGGCAGGAAGGUCAGCGAUGACCUGGAGCUGUCGGAGGCAGAGCUGGCGGGCGAGGAAGGGAACGUGUCCGGCUGCUGCAUCGCUACGGAGAGCGACCCCGAGCUCGAGGUGGAGUACCGCGAAUGCCGGGAGUACCGGGAAUGCCAGGAGCAGCCGGACGCGGGGCCGGAGCGACCUGACUCGGAGUCCCUGUCGGACGGGGAAACGGUGAACCCCGACGAGGAGGACUCUUUCAGCAUCCUGGGGGGCGACUCGCCCACGGGACCCGAGGCCCCGGCCCCUGACCUGCCUCCCCUCUUCCUGCACCUCACUUGCUCCGUGCGGCUCCAGGGCCAGCACAGCUCGGUUCCCGUCUGCUCCCUGCCCACCUGCCUUGGCCAGGUCCUGUCGUGUCUGGAGAGCCCCCCGCUCGGCGACCGCGUUCCCCUGCAGGAUCUCAGCGUCACCCUGGACUUCUUCAUCCUCACACUGCCCUUGGAGGUGGAGGUCGCCCCCCCAGCUGACCCGCAACACCACAGAUCCGCCUCGGAGAGCAGCGCCUCCUUCCCCCGCUCCCCCGGGCAGCCAUCCUCCCUGCGCUCGGAUGAUGACCUGGGUCCCCCACUGCCGCCCCCCGGAGAAGAGAGGCACCCAGGACUGUGUGAUCUGCCGGGGCCGCACAGACAAGCAAUCGAGACGACAAUGAGCGAAAUUGGCUGGCUGCUGGAGGAUGAGAUGGUCGGGGCCCUGCGGCGGGCGGCCGGAGGGGUGGACAGCACCUCCCUGCAGCGCGUGGCCGUCCAUGUCUACAACUCGCCCGGGCGGCCCAGCUGCCUCCGCCAGGCCCUGCCUCUCAGCUUCGUCUUUGGCCCGGAGCGCUCCCUCGCCCGCUUCAAAGAGGAGUUCCGGCGUCUCCACCUCCCCGGUCAUAGGCUGCAGGAAGAUGUGGGCAGUAACUUCUUUUUUGUCACCGUCGUCGACCAGCAGCUGGCACCGCACGGGCCCCUCCCCGCUCCCGGCGCCAGAGGGGCGCUCUCCGGGCCCUGGGCCUGGCUCACCAGGGAGGAUGGGCCUGGGGGGGUGGAGUCAGAGGAGUUACCGUCCGUCCCGGACAGCCCGCGGCCCCCUGCCGAGGCGGCGGCAGCAGGACCAGCGGGAGCGAUGGUGGUUGAAGUCCCGAGCCCUGGGUUGUUGCCAGGUGGCCCUCUCCGCCGAGACUUCCCGGAGGACACCGCCCCCACCAGCGAGCCUCUGCAGAGGGGGGCACGUGUCCUCUUCCCUGGUAGCCCCCCAAGCCUGCCAAAGCUGGGGGCACCGAGGGCAGCAGGAAGUCAGCAGCCGAGCCGUGGCCUGAGCCGAGGGCCGAGCCUGGUGUCCAGCCAGGGGAGCGUGGACUCUGACCAGCUGGGAUACGACGGCGGUAGCAGCAGUGACGCAGAAAGCGAAGGGCCACCACUAGCCCUGGAGGACCUGGGGGCCCCCCCGGGGUCGAGGGCACCGGAGUCCCCGGGACCGCAGCCGGGAGCAAGCUCCCCCAUUCAUGGCACCCCCAGCCCCAGGACCCCCCCGAGGUUGAAAGAGCAUCCCCCGCCGCAGCUCCUGCCCGAGUUCUGGCUCAUUAUCCAGGUUCUGCAGGACCGGGUGGAGCUGUAUGCCCACGCACGGAGCCUGAGCCGGGAGGAAGAGGGUCCGGGGGCUGAGUGUCGGCGGCUCCAGCAGCUCCUGGUGAGGAAGGUCGGGGAGAUCUGCCGGGAGGUGAACCAGCGCCUGCUUCUGCAGGACCUGCAUGAUAGCCACGUGUGCAAUUCACUCCUCGUAGCUGAGAGCGAAGAGGAUCUGUGGCGCAGCGAGGCCCCCUUCCACUCACGCCAGAGGGCACUGCUGGCCAGCGACGACUACGCAGCGGACGAGAGCUGCCAACCCCGGGCCUACCUGGCCGCCACCAUGCAGUUCGUCCCGGGCCACUUCUCCUGCGCUGUCGUCUGGGCAACCGUGAUCCGCGUCCACUCCCGGCUCAAGAUGGGACCCAACAUGGGAGUGUCACGGGCCAUUCAGGCCCUGCGCUCAGUGCUCAACGCCUUCUCGGUGGUCAACAGGAAGAACAUGUUCGUCUAUCAGGAGCGGGCCACCCAGGCCGUCUACUACCUGCGCCUCUCUGAGACGUCGUGCAGCGGCAAGCCCUGGGACCCGGACGCCCCCGCCCCAUCUCUAGCCCUGGCACGUAGCCAGGAGCCCAUCUGCCCUGAGGAGUCCCUGGACUUUCGCUCUGUGACGGACGGGCCCUCGCCCCGCAGUUCCGAUGCCACGCGCCCCGUGGGCCAGGUGGACAGACACAUCCAGCUGCUGGUGCACGGAGUGGGGCAGGCCGGUCCCGAGAUCACGGAGGAGCUGGUGCGGGCUCUGCGGCGGCGGCUGGAUGAGGCCACCCUGGACAUCAUCACGGUCAUGCUCGUGCGCAACUGCAAGCUCACUCCGGCCGACGUCGAGUUCAUCCAGCCCCCCGGGAGCCCACCCUCGGAGGUGCUGUACCUGGCGCUGCCGGCCCCCUGCUGGGCCGGGCUCCCCGCCGUCGCCUGCUACCUGCGUCAGAACCUGCUCAGCUUCCUGCACACGCCCAAGUACACGGACAGCGACGGCCAGCACCACUUCCAGCAUCCCUUCCACACGCACAGCAGCCACCCGGACCUGGACAUCUACCUGUACAACAAGCCGGGGGGCCAGGGCACCGGGGGGAAAGGAGUCGCCUGCAUCGCCCUUUCCUUCGUGGAUGAGGGAGGGGCCCCCAUCUCGCUGACACUCUGGGUCCCCCCGACUCCUCCGGGCGGCCCUCCGGACCUGCUGCGGGAGGACGAGUUUGAGAGCCUGACCAGUGUCACCCGCUGCUCUGUCCCCUCGGACCCAGCCGCGGGCCCCGGCCCACGGCUGCGGCUGGACAUCUGGGAGAAGGGGCACAUCAGCCCCCUGCAGCUGGCAGAGAGACUGCGGGGUGCCGUGAGGCACGGCCUGGCUGAUGCCGUGACUGAGCUCAGGGUGCUGCCCACCCCUCUGGCCAUCGACGGGAGCCAGAGGAAGCCAGCGGCACCCGAGACGCAGGGACUGGGUCCGAAGGGGUCUGGCCCAGCCAGUCCCGGCCCCCUGCCCUUUCCGGCAACUCCGCCCCCUGCCCCACCCCCCGGGGAGCCCGUCACCCCCACCAGCCGAAUGGGACGGAGGAGCUUCUGGGACAUGCUGAGCAAGGCCGAGUCUGGGGACCCCGGCUCCCCCAAGACGACCGACGACAUCAUCCUGGAGCGCCCGGAGGAGAGCCGCAGCCGGAGACGCCACAAGACGGAGAAUGUCCGUCCCGCCGUGGGACAGGAGCGGGCAGCCCCCCCGGACCUGGGUGCUCAGGGACAGAGGCGCCGGGCUGUGCAGCUGGAAGAGGGAGAGGUGGGGACCCUGCAUCCCCUAUAUGCCCAGACGGUCCAGCGCUGGAUGGAGUUCAAGGCUCGCUUGGGUUGCCCUUCCGUCCUCGGCAGCGCAGCCGAGGUGGUGUCCCGGUUCCUUCUCCCAUCCGUCCUGUCGGAGCUCAGCAGCUUGAUCACCUCCCUGGCCCCCGACACCAGCGUCCGCAUUUUCCAGUGCCUUCCCAGUCAGGAGCCUGUGACCUUUGCCCCCUGCUCCCUGGGGCAGCUGCGCCCACCGCCCCGGCCCGCGGCAGAGCAGCAACUCCUCGUUCUGGGGCGCAGUUUUCCCCAGUGGCGCAACCCGACGCAGCAGCAGGCCCCCAAGGCGAUGCAGCGGUUCGAGCCGUGGGGAGCGGGCCCAGGGCAGGACACCCCCCGCCAGAGAUUACUGCUGUUGCGGGUCACCGACAGGAAGCUGCAGCUGCUGACCUACAACUGGUCAGCGGACCUGGGCGCGGCGCUGACCCGGGACCUGGGCCGCUUGGUCCAGUGGCAGAACGCUCGUGGCCACCUCGUCCACUGCCUGCUGAGCCAGAAGCUCGGCCUCUUCCAUCACUACGGCCACCUGGACUCGGCCGGCCACGAGGACAAGGAGCCGAACCCGUUCCUGACCCCGUCCCUGGAGGCGGAGGCGUUGAUCCGCAGCGCCGGGCCACCCCCGAGCCGAGAGUCCGGUCGGCCCGGCGGCUCCGCCCGCGGGGGGCCCCCGCCUGCCUCGCUCCCCCAGGACGCGCUACCCUUCGAUGAGGCCCUGAGGGACAUCGCGGCCGCCCGGCCCAGUCUCCCUCUCCCCGGCCCCGAGGCCCGGCCCCCCGACCCCGUCACGCACCACGGCAACCAGUUCCUGGAGAUCAAGAGCUCCGAGCGCAGAGAGCUCGAGCGGCAGAUGAAGAUGGAGAACCUGUUCGUCACGUGGCAGCAGCGUUCCGCCCAGUCCAACAUGCCCAUCAGUGCCGGGGAGCUGGAGACGCUGAAGCAGUCGUCCCGCCUGGUGCACUACUGUGCCACCGCCCUGCUCUUCGACCCCUCCGCCGCCCGGCAGCACGGCCCCCCCGAGGGAAAGCGCCGUCAUCGAUCCAACGACUCGGGCAGUGGAGGGAGCGGUCGUGAGCGGAGCCAGAGCUGCGAGUCGGGGGACCCGCCCCCCUGUCCCGGGGCCCGCGCUGCGGGGACGGAGCCCUGGCUGCGGGAGCUGAGCUCGGCCUUCCUGCUGCAGUACGUGCAGUACCUGCAGAGCAUGGGCUUCAUCCUCGUUCAGCUUCGACCCCCCUCGCCUCCCCGCAGCAGCGGCGGCGGAGGCAGCCGGCUCCGGGCGCUGGCCGUGCUGGGCACCGAGGGCCGGGGCUCCUUCUCCUGCCCCAAGCUCAAGGCUGACGGCAGCCCCAAGGGUUCCAGCUCACAGGUGACCACGUACCAUCUGCAGCGGGCCCUGCCGGGAGGGAUCGUCCUCAUGGAGCUGACCUUCCAGGGCUGUUACUUGUGCGUGAAGCAGUACGCGCUGGAGUGUUCCCGCAUCCCCAUGGGGCAGUCGGUCAACUCCCAGCUGUCCAUGCUGUUCACGGAGGAGUGUGACAAGGUUCGCGACCUCAUGCACGUGCACUCCUUCAGCUACGACUUCCACCUGCGCCUGGUCCACCAGCACGUGCUGGGCUCCCACAUGGCGCUGCGCCAGGGCUACCACCUCACCAGCUUCCUGCGCCACUUCCUGGCCCACCACCCCGACGGGCCCAAGUUCGGCCGCAACCACGUCUACCAGGGGACCAUGGAGCUGCCCACCCAGCUGAUCGCUGCCCACCAGCUCUACAACUACAUCGCCGACCACGCCAGCACCUACUCCAUGAAGCCCCUGCGUAUGGCCCGGCCUGUGGCCGCGGCUUCCAGCGGGGGAGACGGCAAGAAAGGGGGGCCGGGCCCUGAGCAGAACGAAUAUGCCCUGGUGUCCGUCUGGAACAGCUCGGGCUCAUACCAGGACUCGGACGGGCUGCGCCUGCACGAUGACUUUGAUGUGUCCCUCCUGGUGUGUCACAGUGCCGCCCCGUUUGAGGAGCAGGGCGAGGCGGAGAGACACGUGCUUCGGCUGCGGUUCUUUGUGGUACUAACCAGUCAGCGGGAGCUGUUCCCCCGCCUGACGGCGGACAUGCGCCGUUUCCGCCGGCCGCCACGCCCUCCCCUGGAACCGGAGCCGCCCGGGGGCACGGGACGGGCGGGCGGCUCCGGGGAGGCAGCGGGGCCUGGUCCAUCCCCGCGCCCCGGGCCCGUGCCCACGGCCCCGCUGUUCCCGCCCCUGGCGGCAGAGGUGGCGGCCGCCCGGGAGCUGCUGGGACGUCUGGUGCAGCGGGCCGGGGGUCACUGUCGUCGGGACACGCUCUGGAAGCGCCUGUUCCUGCUGGAGCCGGCCGGGCCCGACCGGCUGCGGCUGGGUGGGAGGCUGGCCCUGGCGGAGCUGGAGGAGCUGUUGAGCGCCGUGCACGCCAAAUCCAUUGCCGAAAUCGACCCCCAGUUGGACUGCUUCCUGUCCAUGACCGUCUCCUGGUACCAGAGCCUCAUCAAAGUUCUGCUCAGCCGCUUCCCUCAGAGCUGCCGGCAUUUCCAGAGCGUCGAUUCCGGGACUCAAUACCUGGUGGUGCUGAAUCAGAAGUUCACCGACUGCUUUGUGCUGGUGUUUCUGGACUCGCAGUCCGGGAAGACGAGCCUGACGGUGGUAUUCCGGGAGCCCUUCCCCGUGCAGCCCCAGAACAGCGAGAGCCCCCCGCCCCAGCUCGUCUCCACCUACCACCACCUGGAGUCCGUCAUCAACACGGCCUGUUUCAACCUCUGGACCGGCCUGCUCUGAGGGGAUGUCCGGGCCCGGCCCUAUACCCCUCACCAUCCCGUCCCCCUCCCCAGCUGCGACCCGGACUCGGGUCCCUGACUGGUCGAUGGGCGGAGGGGUGGUCCGGAUAGGAACGGGGCUCCUGAGAUGACUGACUACCGAGCCGCAGCUGCUAUGUCCAAACGGUGCAGGCUCUGAGGGUUGGGGGGCUCCACUGGUUGCUUCCCAGGAGCCCAGCAGGCCUUUACCCGUGUGUGGAUGGGGAGUUUGCUGUUCCCACCGUGGCCUUCAGCAGUCAUCCCUCCAACCAGACCCGGAUGAAGUCUCCCUGAAUGAUGGGCAGCUGGCCGUCUGUCCGUCCAUACAUCCUUACCCUGGGGGAGGGAGGGAGGACUGGAGCCGCUUGGCUGGUCUGCCCUUUCCCGUCUGCCCCCGUCCCUUUUACCUUUCCCCUUUACCACCCACGCAGAGGCGCCCAGGGCUCUGGUGAUGCCCACGUGCCGGAGGGCCCGCGGGGCGGGGGCCGGCAGGGCUCGGCCUGGGAGGCGGGAGGGUUGUACAGUAUGUAGAAAGCUGAAGGGUCAUUUUUGUAAAUAAAGUGAAGUGCAGUAUU